AUUAUGAGUACUGCCAUGUCAAUUGAUGCUGGGGUCAUAUCUGGUAAAAACAAAAGACCAAUCCGAAGUCGUCUAUCUCGUGGACCAUUUCCGCGGCGUAGUUCUAUUCUGAGUCAACUUAGUGAAAGCAUGGAUGUUGAAGAAGAUAAUCAGGAUGUUUUUAUCGUUGCUAAGGCCAUGGCAUUUGUAAUUGAUGCAAAGGCCGAUCUACAUGAAAAGGCCAGAGUAGAUGCUUUUCAGGCUUUGAAACAGCGAUUGGAAUCACUGCAAAAUGAUUUGAAUGUCAGUAAUGCUAGUUGGAAUAUCUUAUCUACAGAGGAAGAUCCCUAUGUAUUGUGUACUCUUAUGUAUUCAUGGUUAGAACAUCUAAAGGAACCAAUGCUGAGUGUACAGUGCAUUCAUAACCUAAUAGAUCAUGUUGAUGACCCUAGAUCUGGGCUUAAAUUAUUGGAGAGACAUGAAAGGCAGACUUUAGAAUGCAUAAUGAAAACCGUGGCCAAACUACAACCUCUGUCCAAGGAGUUAGAAUUACCAAUAUUGAAUAGGAUUCUUGCUGCUGUGAGUGGGCAGGCUGUCACCGAUAAAAACAAUUCAUUCAUUCAGUUUUUACACUCUUAUUUAAAAGAUCUUUGCCAGAGAAUUUCUGAUAAUACCCUUUCUGAGACAGCUAGCAUUGACAGCCAGUCAAUUGGUGGUGGUGGUGAUGAGAACAAUCAAAGAAAAGCUGUGAUAGCACAUGCUGCAACUUAUACUGCUUUACCAUUAAAAGCUACGCCUCAGUCGGACUUUGCAAUGAAUAAAUCACAUAGUGAACCAUCUAUGCCUAUACCAAGUAAGAAGAAUAAUACUCUGCCGCCUAUCAAAUAAUACUGAGUCUAUACAGCAUGUCAGGUAGCAUGUCUCAAUGAUAUAUACUCCUGGUGGAUGUACAUAAUUAAUUCCUGUCUUUGUAACAGAUUAAUUCAUUUGUGUCCAUAACAAAAAAUUUGUGAAAAUUGUUCAUUCAGUAGUAUAGCAUACAUUAAUAAUUUGGGCAUGUUUCUCCGUCCUAUUAAUUUUAUUACAGCUACACAACUUACCAGUCUUUCUGUUUACAUUGCAGCUUUAAUACAAAUUUCUUUGAAACUGGGGUUUUAUUAUCAUGCCUUCUUUUUUAAGCAAACCCAUAAAAUGGUUUUGAAUAUAAACAUCCUAGGCAUAAUGCACAAACCGCAGCACGCACAUAAUCAUUCAAAAAGACAAUA